GUACGUUAAGCAAUGUUGUGUUAAAAUUCCCGCUUAAGCGUUGGAAUUUAAGUACCAGUUAUGUCGCAGAUGGCAUCGGAAAACGAGGAAAAUGGCACUGAAAUGCAAAGUGAGCCGGAAGAGUCUCCGUAUUCUUUGGCCAGAGCGAAACUGGAAAACCUCCUGAACAAGAGUAUGCGAAUCCGAAUGACUGACGGACGGACGCUAGUUGGACUUUUCCUCUGUACCGAUCGCGACUGUAACGUCAUUCUUGGCUCAGCGCAGGAAUUCCUCAAGUCUACAGACUCUUUCUCUCAGGGGGAGCCGCGGGUGCUGGGUUUGGCCAUGGUUCCAGGUCAUCACGUGGUCUCUAUUGAAGUUGAGACUGAAAGUUUACCCAGCAGCACUCAGGGGAUCUGAGUCCCGUCACCAGGAGAGGGAGAAACGUGCACGGUUACCGUGUUACCGUGGCUACAGUGCUGGCUCAGGGUUGCCACUGAGCUGAUCCAGUGCACAGGUGUGUGCACUCGACAGGACUGUGACAGUGUGAUGAAACAUACACACUUAUCCUGAGCAGGAUCGUAUCUGUCUGCUCAGGAGAACUACGCUGUGGAGUUUGGACUCACCCGUAUGUCAUUUUGUGUUCACACAUAUGUAUGUAUGUCAUUUUG